GAAGGCGCUAGGUCUCUCCUUCCUCUCCGGCUCCCCCUCCCCCCUCCAUUUCUCGCUCAGUCUCCGCGACUUCUCACCGCGGGAUCCAUCCGCCGCGGACCGUUGGGUGCGCGCGCCACCGUCCUCCUCCGCCUACUCGCUGAGGGAUUAUUUCCCGCGGUUGUGGCGGCGGCGGCGGCAGCGGGACGGGCUUUGCGCGGAGCAUGGCGGCAGCAUGAGAGAAGGAGCCGCCCCGUGAGGUGGGAGCGAAGGGAGCGCGGAGGCCUGUGCGCGGGCCGUGCCGGGCGGGGACCCCGCGUCCAGGCCGCGCCUCAGCGCUCGGGGCCGGCGGGGGCCUGGCCGCCCGCCGCGGGGCCGCCAUGGUGGAGAAGCGGUGCCCGCGGCUGCAGCGGGACGGCGUGUACCGGUGGUUCUCGGAGCUGCCUUCCCCACAGCGAGUGGAGUUCCUGUGCGGGCUGCUGGACCUGUGCAUCCCGCUGGAGCUGCGCUUCCUCGGAGCCUGCCUGGAGGACCUGGCCCGCAAGGAUUACCACUCCCUGCGCGACUCCGAGAUCAAGGCCAACAACCCCGCCGACCUGGGCAGCCUCACCAACCUGACCGACGAGGUGGUGCGCAGCAAACUUUUGGUCUCGCUCGCCCUCCUCGGCUCUGCGCACCGAGAGGCGGCCGGGGUCCUGUUCCGUACCCUCACCCACAUCGAUUCCGUCAUCAAUAACUACGGGCUGCAACUCAAUGAGGGCCGCACGGGGGAUGAGUUCCUGUUGCUCUUCACCAUGGCAUCCAACCACCCUGCUUUCAGCUUCCACCAGAAACAGGUACUGAGGCAAGAGCUCACUCAGAUCCAGAACAUCAUGGCCAGCACCAGCAAGAAUCCCAGCACCUCUACCCUCAACACCAUGGCAACCUAUCCUGGCUGCCAUAAGGUCACUCCAAGGUCCGAGACCCCCAUCAACAGCGUCAGUAACAGUUUGGAAAAUGUACUACAUACAUCAACACAUUCCAUUGAGGAGUCAUUACCCAAGAGGCCUUCGGGGAAACACUCCAAAGUGAGUGUUGAAAAAGUGGAAUUAAAGGGACUGUCACACAAGAAGAAUGAAAGAAGUGUUGAAUAUUCCUUUGAGGUCCUGUGGUCUGAUUCUUCAGUGACGUUGGUAACCAAAUCUUCCGCUGAAGUGACUGAAUUUAUUUCAAAGCUAUCACAGCUGUAUCCAGAAGAAAACUUGGAGAAAUUCAUUCCCUGCCUAGCUGGUCCAGAUUCAUUUUACCUAGAACGGAAUCACAUAGACCUGGAAUCAGACCUUAGGUAUUUGGCACCAUUACCUUCCCAUGUGGUGAAAAAUGACCACGUUAGAAAGUUCUUCAGUACUUCAUCUCCUUCACAGCAACUUCAGAGUUCAAAUCCUGGCAACCCCUCCCUUUAUAAAGUAGGAAAUACGCUGGGAACAUCUGGAAGACCUAUAUGUGGAGUGGCUGGCGUUCAGUCUUCUCAGAACCAUGUUCAGCACUCAGCUGCUGCUCCCGUUGCACUAUCCCACUGUUCCCACGCCGGAGGCACCGGCUCCUCGCUGGCCUAUCGCACCCAGAUGGACACUUCUUCUUCACCCAUGUUAAUGUCUUCCAGUCCACAGACCCCUCAGACACAGGAGCAAAAUGGGAUCUUAGACUGGCUCAGGAAACUGCGGUUGCACAAAUACUACCCUGUCUUCAAACAGCUCACAAUGGAGAAGUUUCUGAGUCUUACGGAGGAAGAUCUGAACAAGUUUGAAUCCCUCACCAUGGGAGCAAAGAAGAAGCUCAAGACCCAGCUGGAGUUGGAGAAAGAGAAGUCAGAGAAACGGUGCCUAAACCCCACAACACCUUCUUCGGUUACCAGCAGCGGUGUGGCCAGGGUUCCCCCCACUACGCACGUAGGGCCUAUCCAGAGUAUUCGUGGCAACCAUGCGGCAGAGCUGCGAGUGGAUGUGGAUCAGCCCACCCACCCGCUGCCCAGGGAGGGCAGCUCUUCUGAGUACUCCAGCUCUUCUUCCAGCCCCAUGGGGAUCCAGACAAGGGAAGAGAGCUCAGAUAGCGCCGAGGAGAAUGAGAGACAGAUUCACUUGGAUGGUUCAGAAAAGGAGAAGCCAGUGAUGUUACUGAAUCAUUUCACUUCAGGCUCUGCCAGACCCACGGCUCAGGUCCUACCAGUGCAGAACGAUGCAGGUUCCAAUCCAUCCGGCCACCACACUCUGCCAAUGCAAAUUAUGUCAGCGGCCUCUACUCAUAUCACUCCCAUCCGGAUGCUAAAUUCAGUACAUAAAUCAGAGCGUGGCAAUGCAGACAUGAAGCUACUUUCAUCGUCUAUGCAUUCACUUUUAUCUUUAGAAGAAAGAAAUAAAGUUUCUCCUGGACCUAGGGGCAGCAUAAAAAUGGAAAAGAGCUUUGGAAAUGCAGUGGUGGAUGUGAUGUCUGCGUCUUCUCCCCACCAGCCCUUGCAAGUGCUGUCCAGGGCUGCUGAGAACAGCUCACCCACAUCUAGUAUGAACUUUGGUCCUCGAACCAAAGUCGUACACGCUUCGACUCUGGACAGAGUGAUCAAAACAGCUCAACAGCCAGGAUUAACGGUAGAAACGAGUACUGCUGCCACUGUAACAUCCAGCACAGUCUUCCACGUGGCUCGUCCACCCAUCAAACUCCUGGUGUCUUCAUCUCUUCCUACCGAUUCUGCCAUUGCCGGACAGACUUCUUGCUCCAGUAAUAUGCAAAUAACAGUGUCCCCUGCAAUAAUAAAUCCCCGGACUGCUCUGUACACAGCCAACACCAAAGUUGCCUUUUCUGCUAUGAGCAGCGUGCCAGUGGCGCCAAUGCAAGGCAGCUUCUGUGCCAACAGUAACGCCGCCUCCUCCGGCAGCCACCCCGCCACAUCAUUUGCAACCAUGGCGAAUUUGCCCAGCUGCCCCGCACCCAGCUCCAGCCCCACGCUCUCAUCUGUCGCCGAGAACAACUUCUACAGCAGCAGCAGCAGCAGCAGUAGCAGCAGCAGCAGCAGCAGCAGCGGUUCCGCAGGGAGCAUCCCGGUACCAAACCAGAACCAUCAUCACCAUCACCACCAGCAGCAGCCGCAGCCGCCCGGGUGCAUGGUGUGCAGCUCCUGUGGGUGUAGUGGGAACUGUGGUUCAAGCGGGAUGACCGUCAGCUACGCUAACUAUUUUCAGCACCCGUUUUCAGGACCUUCAAUGUUUACUUUCCCAUUUCUGCCCUUCAACCCUUUGUGUAGUAACGGCUACAUCAACACACAGCAGUACAACAGCAGCACGACUUUCCCUGUGGUCCACACUGCUUACAACAGCGGAAUAGCACCGGACUCUGUAAUGACCGGGCAGUCAACGUUCGCGGUACCGCCAAUGCAGAACUUUAUGGCAGGGACAGCAGGGGUGUAUCAGGCACAGGGAAUGAUGGGAAACAGCAAUGGUUCAAAUCACAAAAAAAAUGGGAAUCUCUCCUGUUACAACUGUGGGGCCAGUGGUCACAGAGCUCAGGACUGCAAACAGCCUCCGAUGGAUUUCAAUCGACAAGGUACGUUUAGGCUGAAAUACGCUCCUCCCUCUGAAAGUCUUGACUCCACAGACUGAUAUUUUAUCAUCUGGCAAGAAAAUACUGUAAGCCAUGGAGAUAUAAGGAGAUUGACAUUCAAAACUGAGACGUCCAGUUGCUGUUAAGCUUAAUGUAUUUUUUAAUCCAAAGGUGCUUUACUUUAUUAGACUAGGUAGAAAAUCUAGCUUAGGGGUGUGUCAAACCCAUUUUUGAUUGCCAAAUUCAAGCGUGGAUCUUCUUGUUGGAACUUCUGACCACGUGUCAUAGGACCGAUGCGUACCCGGUGGAUGGUGGAGCUGGCCAGCUGCGUUUUCUGUUGCAAGUACAACAUCCAAUGUACUUUUUGGCUGGAGAAUGUUGCCAUAUGUGGACUUUCUAAGAUGAAACGUGUGACUCCAGGGCAGCUACAUUCGGGGGAGGAAGCUGGAGGCUGAAGGUAGGAGUGGCUGUUCGCCAGAAGGACUUUGGCACCCCUGGGCUAGGUAAAACGUCUACUUUUUUUUCAAAAGUGAUCAGGCACUAAUCUCUGGGAUUUUUAAGGAUUGCACUACAGAAGAAUGUAAAACUCUUCAAGCUUUCUGCACUUUUAGCAGACAGUGUCACUCAGACCAGUGCAAGAGGCAAAGAAGUUCCAACUUUUAAAAAUUGGCACCAGCAGGCUACGUGAUUUAUCUACACAACAAAAUCUUAAGUAAGUCUCUCCUUUCCCUUCCUAAAGAACACAUGGCAGUUUCGGUUCCUUCUGGAAACAACUUGUGCUUCGUUGUCUCACUUGUUAGUAGAUAGUGCUGGAUUCCCAGCAGUGGAAUAAACUUAGUUUCCAAGGGUCCAAGUCCCAGAGACUCCAGAGUCAUAAAAGCUUCAAGGAUAUUUUCCUGUAAUACACAAAACAACCUUUAAGUCCUGUUACUGUAUAUAGGUCUCUUUCACAGAAACCUUAUUAUUCUGCUUUUGUAAAUGAAUUUUAAACCAUCCUAAAAAAAAAAAAAAAACAAAAAAAAAAAAAACAAAACCCAAGAACUCUGGCAGCAGAGUUUGUAAGCUUUUGCUUUAUAUAAAAAAACCCCUUUGAUUCCUACCCCAAGGCUUUUGCUACGGGAUUCAGAAGUGGUAGAAGUCAAACAUGUAAAAGGUAGUAAACUUCAUUAUUAUCAAGACUUUGAAGGAUUUCUUGUCAGCCUCCUUCAUUGCAAUAGAUUGUAGAUGAUUAGCUUUGGUGUUAACUACUUAGCGUACAUAAUUUGUGGGUGACAAAUCUAAAUUAGGACUUGAGAGGAAGCCAAACAAAUCUUGAACUGCUAAUUUGAAACAGUUUGGUCCUGUCUGGUUAAAAGAAGAUACUAAUCCUCAUGGCUCACCCGAGGAAUCUGACAGCAUUAAAGGGGUGAGGCUUUCUGUUUAAGAUGUCUGACAGAAAGAUAUUUGCAUACUGUAAUUUGGAAGACACCUUUAAAUUCUGAAGCCUUGUUUACACUUGGAGGUAUUUCUUCCACCAAUUUAAACCACACCAGGAUGUAUUUGUAGUGGUGCGGCUGACUUUCACUUGGAAGUGAGGGAAGUCAUCUUGGAGAAGGUUUGGAAGUGGUGCAGAGCUGCCCCGAGGAGAUCGGGCCUUAGCAGUGAAACGUCAGUAUGAGGGGUAAUGCGGUAGCACAACAGUCGAGACCUUCCUGGACAUUGUUCAUAGGAAAGAAAUGUUUUUGGGCCAUCCUUGAGUCCCACUUUCUCAGUGGCGGUAGUCAGCCUCGCUGGGAAGGCCAAUAGGAUAAAUGAGCAUCACCGGAGAGGCACGGUGACGUGGGUUGGCAAGAAACCAGACUCAGUCUGGGUAGUGAGCUGCAGCUCAUAGCGGAUUUGGCUUUGUGGAAACCAAAAUCUAAAUUUCUGUAACAUUUCAGUUUAAGAAAAGGUAUUUUUUUUAAUCCUAUGCAAUGAAAAAGAAAAAACAAAACUCAGCUCUGUGUGUUCCCAGCCCAGCUCAGUGCCCACAGCAUCGCUCACGCUCCAAACCGCUCCUGUGGCUCUGCCUGCGUGCGAGGCGGUCUCCUGUCCCUAACGAACAACCUUCAGGCCUACAACACUACAGUAAGGAAAACUGACAAUGCAAUUUACUUUGCCUUAAUGAGCUUGAGACAAUGGUAGGAACGCAAUCGGUCGCUCUGUCCGGCGCUAAGGAAACGUGUAGUUUUCAGUGACGAUGUUUACUCUUUACAGCUUCGAGGGUCUCUCCCGUGGCCUGGAACAUGUGCUGAAAGCCAAACCUUAACGUGGGGUUUUUUCCACUUUUUUUAAACAGUAUUUUAAAACUGAAUUGUAUUGAAACAAACUGUACUUCAACACACGUGCAGGUGUUAGAAACCCUCUCAAAAUAGCAAAAAUCAACAGCAAAAAAAAAAAAGGCAAUUUCUGUACCUUUUUGUUUUAAUGCCCAAGGCCAGGCACAGUCUCGUCUAAUGCUCAUCACAGAGUCGAAACCAUAACAAAAGGACUGUAAAACUGAACUUCUGUCCAGCAAACCGUUCCAUUCCUUUCUUCAGAGCUUUCUUUGGGAUCGUUUCCUUUGUGUGAAGUUAAGGCUGAUGUUUCUUAAAGUGGCUUAUGUGUACUUUUCGGUAACGUUUUUAAAUGGUGAAGUCCGGUUUUAGAGUAAUUUAAAUUCAGAAGUCUUGAACCUUAAAGCAACACAAGUGUCACAGGGAAAUGUUUGAUGAGCCAGCAGCGACUGCCGAGCCUUCCCGAAAUCAGGGAGCUGUGGCUUCAGGUCUGCUGUCCACUUUGUACCAAGAACAACUGAGGUUGCUAAGUCCAAACAGAGCACUUGAGUUCCGUAAAAUAAUCCUUCAUCGGUUUUUAAAAGGCACAAAUCCCAUCUUUUCCCUGGAAAAGUAAGGCAGCUUGUUUUAACGUAGUAGUUCCAGCUUCACUGGCUGAAAGAACCAGUUCUUAAAACCUAUUUUUAUAUAUAUUGAAGGAUGGAGAUUAUUCCUGUCUUUGUCCUAAAGGAGAAUUAGUUCUCAAAAUGGAUUUCACUGUGGAAUGGGAAGGACUUUUAAGUGUAAGACAGAAGGGAAUCCCAAGUCAUCUCCCUACAGGGGCACGGAGAAGUCAGCCUUUCCUCGGGGGACUGAGCGACAUGCCAUGCAGUUUCAGAAGUGUUUUCCAUUUGGGAGUGUUGGUGAUGGAAAUCCUCGAAAUAGGAUGGAAUUUCCAGCAACUCCUCCUCACCCUGGCAGUCUGCAAAUUAAGCACUAAUGAAUACGCCAGGCUGGAUGCUAAACAGCAGGAGAGCGAGGAGGGAAGCCUCGUUUUAGCAGUGAGGUAUUGAUCACAGUUCCGUGAUGCUUCCCCUUAAAAUAACGUGUCGUGCUCCACUUUUUGUGAAGCUUUUUAUACCACAGUCAUUAAAUCCUGGCAAAUUAAGUGCCAGACUCCCAAAAGUAACAGUCUGACACAGACUUUCAUUGCCCAAAGUUCUGUUCCAUGCUCUUUCAAGCUUCAGGGUGCAGGUACUCCAAACCUAAACGCAGCCCUGUGGUAUUUGGCAGCACAACGCUCCUCCUUGAAACACAAAUGGCAUCAUCUGACCCCCCCUGCCCACGGGGCAGCUGGCUGGGUAGGGAAGGGCACGGACACUCGGGGCUGUGGAUUCAGGGGAGGCCAAAACGCCUGUUAAAUGAGGCAGAUGGGGGCAAAUCUGGACAGAAAUCCAUGUAACUGAGCAUUUGCAAGAGUCUGGAAAACCCUUGCGCUGGUCGAGGCCCCGGUAACCCUGCCCGUCGCUGUCUCUUCUCAUAAACCCUUGGAACUACCUGUUUGCUCUCUUCAGUUUCCCUUACGGAAGCGAGAAACACGUCGGUACUGAAGCAGAAAGCAAAUCCUGUGUGUUUUCAAGUGCAGAUUAACAGCUUCUCUUGGACAUAACUUUCCACUAGGAAUGAAGGAAACUCCUGCUCCCGUUUGAGCCAUUUCUUUUACUUCGGUCAAUUCUAGUAUUACAAAUUGUGCAUGUAACUUUAUAAAUAUUUUAAAUAGUUUUGUAAAUAUUUAAUAUUCAGCUAAUUUGAUUUUGAAUUGUAAAUGUCAAGUAUUCUGGUAUUGGGAUUUUUAUGUUUUAUUAUACUUUGUUAAAAGUAAAAUUGUACAUUUUUAGAAUGUUUUUAUCUGAGUAAAUUUAAUGUAUGGAAAAUAAAGAGUUAA